GAACUGGCAUCCCUUUAUAGUGCACCUAAUCAGCUGUCAAAGUACAAAUUUCCAUAGUUUAUAUUGCCUACCUUAUAGUUUAGUGACAGCCAUGGCGGAGGACAACUGCAUUUUCUGUAAAAUAUCCGGCGGCCAGGAGCCCACGACUGUUUUGGAACUGGAAACCGACGAGUUCGUCAUCUUCAAGGACAUCAAGCCCGCUUCCCAGCACCACUACUUGGCUGUGACCAAGAGGCACUACACCAGCCUCAAGGAUCUGGACAAGACCCACGAUGCCCUGGUUGCGCGGAUGGAGAGCGGCUUGAAGGAGUUCCUGGCGGGCAAGGGAAUCUCCGUCCAGGACGCGCUCCUCGGCUUCCACCUGCCACCGUUCAUCACGGUGAAGCACCUCCACAUGCAUGCCAUUGCCCCCCGAUCGGAAAUGGGCUUCCUAUCGCGGCUAAUCUUCAGGCCCUCCGUCUGGUUCAAAACCGCCGAGGAUGCGCGGGUCUACCUCUCUCAAGUGGAGAGCUCACAAUGAGUUGGGCUUGCAAUAGGCCGCGGGCGAAAAGGGAAUUUAUAUUUGUUAAGCUUUUAUCUGAUGUCAGGAAGGGAUCGGUUUGAACGUCUUAACAAUAGUUCAAAGAUAAACGAUUAGAUAUCAUUUCCACCUUUAAGAGUCUACACCUAGAGCAUUGUUUUACAAAAAAGUUACUUAAAACAAUUCUGAAAAUGCUAAAAAAAAUCGGAGUUCUGGCUUACAAGGAACAUUUAUCCGCUGAAAUCGCAACCAGGGAUGGAUUUCUGCGACACCCCAAAGGGUAUUUCCGUUUUUUAUAAAACCAUGUAUCUUUCCACUUCAAUGUAUACGACCUAUUGUCUAAAUUCUUAGAAUAUAUAAAGAAAUUUGCAAAUUUA